AUGGUGCUUCCAGCAGUGAUCGCUGGUUUUGACGUCUCGCGCGUUUUCAUUGACGGAGGAAGCAGCUUAAAUCUGAUAUAUGCUAACACACUUAGAAAGAUGAACAUAUCAUUGGCAAAUCUUCGGCCAUCAGAUACGAGAUUUCACGGCGUCACACCAGAAAAGCCUAACUUUCCUCUGGGCAGAAUAUCUUUGGACAUGCAGUUCAGAACUCCAGAUAAUUUCAGGAAGGAAAAAAUAGAGUUCGAAGUAAUGGAUUGGCCCUCGCAAUAUCACGCAAUCUUCGGGCGCCCAGCUUACGCCAGGUUCAUGGCAGUCCCACAUUAUACGUACCUGCUGCUAAGGAUACCAGGACCAAGGGGACCAAUAACAGUGAAAGGAAGCUUCGUCUGGUCCGAUAUGUGCGACAGAGACUUCAACAGGAUUUCAGAAAGCUUCGGCAUGCAAGCAGAAUACGACGCAGCAAAGCUUACAACAAACCACGACGUUCUUCCAGAUGUGGGCCGAAGCUCGCAAAAUCAGCAAACUUUCGACACCUCCAAGAAUGCAAAGGAAGUUCAGAUCCACCCUACAGAUUCGAAAAAAUCCACCUUCGUGGCAUCCAACUUGGAUGUCGCAUAG